AUGGGCUUCACCACGAAACCGCCCGUCCAGGCCCUCAAAGCCGCUAACAAGCUCAAGCGCCAGGAGCUCUUUGUCCAGCACAAGCGCCAUGCCGACAAGGAACGACGCGAUGCCCGCUUUGCGCGCAAGAAGGAGGAGAACAAGAACCCAGAGCUCAAGGCGGCGCGACUGGCCAAGAACAAGGCCGUGACGCUCGACCAGAAGCGCGUGUGGGACGACGUGGACGACGACAGCCUCGGUGUGCAGGUCGAUCUGGAGCGAUUAAAGAGGAGGCGGAUGGAGGAGGCCGAGGCGGAGGCACAGGCGCCUCUCGACGGGGAGGAUGAGGAGCAAGAGGACGAUGACGACCACGACAGUAUGCUGGACUCGGACGAGGAAGGCGACGACGAGGCCGAGGAGGCCGCCAUGGAGCGGCAACGGGAGAAGCGAGCGCAAAGGGCCGACUCGACGGCCCCGUCCAUGACGAGCACCAACCUCGACCUGACGCCCACCUCGCUCGCCCUCAAGUUUCCGACCCUGUUCACGGACGUUCCGCCCCCGACACCCAAGAUCCUCAUCACCACCUCGCUCAACUCGACGCUCCACCGCGAAGCCAACAUUCUCUGCAGCAUCUUCCCCAACAGCACCUACAUCCCUCGCUCCGGGCACAAGUACAGCUACAAGUACUCGCUGCGAGAGAUCUGCAAGUUCUCCGCCAACCGGGACUACACGGCCGUCGUGCUCGUCAAGGAGGACCAGAAGAAGCCCACGGGCAUCUCCGUCGUCCACCUGCCCAGCGGUCCGACUUUCCACUUCUCCAUCAGCAACUGGAUCGAGGGCAAGUACCUGCCGGGUCACGGCAACCCGACCAACCACUAUCCGGAGCUGCUCCUCAACAACUUCAAGACGCCCCUCGGCCUGUUGACGGCCAAGCUCUUCCAGACACUCUUCCCGCCCUCCCCCGAGUUCCAGGGCCGGCAGGUCCUCACGCUCCACAACCAGCGCGACUACAUCUUUGUGCGGCGGCACCGCUACGUCUUUCGCGACAAGCGCCAGACGGAGAAGAGCGUGACGGACGCCGAAGGGACCGGGCUCGCGGGCGUUGAGGAGGUCCGCGCCGGUCUGCAGGAGCUCGGCCCGCGCUUCACGCUCAAGCUAAGGAGGGUCGACAAGGGGAUUGGAAGGGCGGGCAGCGAGGGAGACGACGCGACGCAGUGGGAGUGGAAGUCCAAGAUGGAGAAGGACAGGAAGAGGUUCAACUUGUAG